AGAGGAUCUGACGAACUUCUUUCAGGCAGUGUACUCAAUAGCCCGAACUCUAAUAUGAGCAGCAUAGUAGUUACUGCCAAUGGUAACGACAACAAGAAAUUCAAGGGUGAAGAUAAAAUGGAUGGAGCUCCCUCUCGUGUUCUUCAUAUCAGGAAAUUACCAGGAGAAGUGACAGAGACAGAAGUUAUUGCUUUGGGCUUACCUUUUGGUAAGGUAACCAACAUUCUCAUGCUGAAAGGAAAAAAUCAGGUAUUUUCUCUUUUUUGUCUUAUUUUUUUCAAGGUACGAAGUUUUUUUUCCAUCCUAAGACACUUAAGUUUUACACUUACCAUGUAUGCAUUUUACCAUAAUAUACCAAUUACAGGAAACAUUUUUAAUCCACUGAGAGAUGGAAAAGCAUUAGAUGGUCAGAAUAUUUAUAAUGCUUGCUGUACCUUACGGAUUGAUUUUUCCAAAUUGGUCAACUUGAAUGUAAAGUAUAAUAAUGAUAAAAGUAGAGAUUACACUCGUCCUGACCUUCCAUCUGGUGAUGGUCAGCCAGCUUUGGAUCCAGCUAUUGCUGCUGCAUUUGCAAAGGAGACUUCACUUCUAGCAUUUACUAAUCAGAACAAAGAGAUUGCAGCUGAAUCUUCAGCGCUACCAGGAAUGUCCAGAAGGCGAGCUCAAGCUGUCCUGCAAGCAGUAACUGCUGUACAGACAACAAAUACUCCCAUAAGUGGAACUACUGUUAGUGAGAGUGCAGUAACUCCAGCUCAGAGUCCAGUCCUUAGAAUAAUUAUUGACAACAUGUAUUACCCAGUAACUCUUGAUGUUCUUCACCAAAUAUUCUCUAAAUUUGGUGCAGUCUUGAAAAUAAUUACUUUCACAAAAAACAACCAGUUUCAAGCAUUGUUACAAUAUGGUGAUCCUGUAAAUGCCCAACAAGCAAAGCUUGUAAGUAUGAUUUCAAAUACUUCUCUUUAGCCUAUAUAAAUAAGUAUAUAUGACAGUACUUUUUCAAAAUUUUGUUUUGUUGGAUAGAAUGGACACAACUUUAAAUUAUAAAUAAGUCAUCCUAUAUAGACUUUAGCUUAAAUGCAAAUUUUGGUGACUUCUUGAUUAUUAUACUGGAUCAAAACAGAUAGUGUAGUUUUCAAAGAAACUUUUAUGUCUCUCAUAUGAAGACAAGCCACUAUUUUGCUUUGUUGAAGAAUAGUUGAUAAAAUGUUACGAGCAAUUUGUCAUAGUCCCUAGUUUGAAUAUAUCUAUUACAGUGUGCUCGGUGUGGACUCUGCAUGGACUAUUUAAGG